AUGGAGAUUGGUAAAAGUUUAUUCAUAAGAUUUGGUGGUACGUGGGAAGACAACACAAAUUCGUAUGUCGGUGGUGAGCUAAAAGGAAUAAUUGUCCCACUUACAGUAACGUACAAAGAACUGAAAAAUCGGUUGUUUAGACUAAUGAAAGUCGACCAAAAUGGGUACGACCUGGUAAUUAGGGUACCUUACCACUUGGCAUGCGAUUCACCGCCAAUGUUCGUAACGGAUGACGAUGACCUCCGAUUUGCAUUAGUCCAAGAACAGGUUUCUAAAGUCCCACUGUUUGUAUCGACUAUCCCCCGCGAAAGUAUUGACAUACAGUCAUCUAGAUUAAACCAAGAUGGAGAGCAGUCCAUUCCUAAUGGAGGAUCUGUACCGGAAGAAGGUUCCACGAGGGUAGAUGAGUGGGGGUUGAACGACGUAUACAUGCAGGACAUGUACAGUUCAGACUUACGACAUGCAAGUCCUUUGACAGUAGAACCCUCAUCCAGUGACCCUCGUAAUGUUGCUGGUCAACAAAUACCAGUACCUCAAUCCCCAAGCACCGUGACUAUAGAACAGGCCAAAAGGUACAACCUUUUACCAGGCGGAUCGGAACUGCACGUGGGGAAGAUAUUUGUUUCAAAGCAAGACCUACGUAUGGUGCUGUCAAAUGCAGCGAUGCGAUCUAAUCGUGAAUACAAGGUCAGUAGGUCAACGAAAUCAAAAUUCAAUGUUCGCUGCAUUGACAAUACAUGCAAUUGGAGGGUUGCGGCCCACUCCGUCGGUAAAUCUUCGAUAUUUUGUAUAUCAAAGUAUGUAGAUGCACACACCUGCACGAUUGACAGUGUGAACCACGACCACAAACAAGCGAGCAGCUGGGUCGUAGCGAAUCUUAUUAAGGAUGGAGUUGCUGGAACCGGUCGUAUUUACAAGAUAAAGCAUAUUAAGGAGGAUGUCCGUAAAGAGUACGGGGUGAACAUAAGUUAUGACAAGGCCCAUCGAGCACGAGAGUUAGCAUACACUAUUGUUAGGGGCAGACCGAAGGACUCCUACAUGCAUCUCCAUGCGUACGGUGAAGCGAUAAAAAUAGAGAAUCCAGGUACUAUUUUCCACCUCGAGACUGAAGGUUCGCUUAACUUCAAAUACCUGUUCAUGGCAUUGGGUGCCAGCAUUAGAGGGUUUCAGUCAAUCACAAGGCGUGUAAUUAUGGUUGAUGGCACACAUUUGAAGGGGAAGUUCAAAGGAGUGCUACUAAUAGGUGUCGCCGUGGACGGGAAUAAUCAAAUAUAUCCACUUGCAUUCGCAAUUGUAGACAACGAAAGCGAUGCAUCGUGGAAGUGGUUUAUCAAGAACUUGAAGGACAUGAUCGGAGACCAACAAGAACUUGUAUUCAUAUCUGAUCGACAUGAUGCAGCGUAUGCGUAUCGGAAGUCACAGUUCACGUACUACUGGAACCAGAUACUGUCGAUUGGAUCGGGUUCACUUGCCAAAUACUUACAAGAAAUUGGGAUAGAACGGUGGGCCCGAUGCUACCAAGUUGGUAGAAGAUAUGAAAACACGACGACAAACAGCGCUGAGUCGGUAAAUGCCCUCCUUCGAGAGGCUAGAGAGUUACCUAUCACUAAGAUUGUCGAGUUCAUCCGCGAAUUGCUACAGAGAUGGUUCCACGAAAGAAGGAUUCACUGGUCCACCCAAAACACCUCUCAUUCAGACUAUGCAGAAGAGCGACUUGCAGUACAGUUUGAGAAGUCUCGUCGCUACACAGUCAAACCAGUCGACUGGUGCAUGUUUCAUGUUGAGGACGGUUGA